UGUCAUUUUCUACUAUUUUCGUCACACCACAGAGGAGACGGAGACAGAGCCUAACGGCGAACAUGGAAGGAUUAGGACUGCGAAGUUGCGGAGAGGAGAUUCUUCGUCUUGGAUUUGUGAUACGACGUGGAGUCUGCGGCCGUUUUCCGAUCCUCCGGCGAGCUAUGGAGAUAAAGAUGAGAGACCGUAGCAAGAACAGGAAACCAUUGCAGAGAGGCCGGAUGCUCAGUAUCGAAGCGAUUCAAGCGGUUCAAGCCCUGAAGCGAGCCAAUCCUCAGCCUCCUCCUCCUCCUUCUUCCACGUCUCCAUCUUCCUCUGUGAUGCUUGAUCGUGUAAUCGUUUCCAAAUUCCGUCGCCUCUUGAAAUUCGAUAUGGUCGCCGUUCUCAGGGAACUCCUACGCCAGAACGAGUGCUCUCUAGCUCUCAAGGUAUUCGAAGAGAUUCGAAAGGAGUAUUGGUACAAGCCUCAGGUGAGAUUGUACGCAGAUUUGAUCACGGUAAUGGCGGAUAAUAGCCUGCUCGAAGAGGUGAAUUAUCUCUACUCCGCUAUGAAAUCAGAAAAUAGUUUAAUGGGUGACAUUGAAGGCUUCAACACUCUCUUGGUGAUUCUUCUGAAUCAUAAGCUGUUUGAUCUUGUCAUGGACUGCUACGCCUUUAUGCAAUCAAUAGGGUAUGAGCCUGAUAGAUCCUCCUUUAGAAUCCUAGUCCAAGGUCUUGAGUCCAAUGGCGAAAUGGGUUUAUCGGCUAUUGUAAGGCAAGAUGCUCAUGAGUAUUAUGGCGAAUCACUCGAUUUUACUGAAGAAAAUGAAGAAAUCUCUAGUGGGACUGGUGUGUUGAUCUAGCAAUGGAGCAAAAAAAGGUCAGAGAUUGGCGCUUAGUAGCUUGAAGGAUCAUACCGUAUACUAGUAAUCUCUCCAAAGUAGACCCAUUUUCUAUCUGGUCUAUUUAGCCGCGGGGCUGUUUGGUAUGAUGCGUUGAUUCUUGUGUAUCCAACGCUAGCCAAACAAUCUCAUGUAGUCUUGUAAGUUGUAAGAUAGGAAAAAGUUGCCGAUAAUAGUAACUUGAAUCUGUUCCAAGUCACUAAGUGUCAAGUCUAUGGAAACCACUAACAGCUUCUCAAGU